AUGGAAGUGGUCAAGAAGAUGUCCUUGCCGGAGAGUGCCAAGGACUUGGACGCUAGGUCCAUGCCGCGAGUGUUGUCGGACAACUUGUUCGUCGAGAGCACCUCCGGCCUCACUGAACAAGAAGUGCGGAGCGCAGUGAGCACGUGGCUUAGUGUAGAGGACGAUGAAGAGGUCUUGAGGGAAGAGGUAGAACUCGAGAUGGAAGAGGUAACGGAGAACAUGUCAAGAGUACACGUCGAAGACGACGUGUCCAGUGAAGAGGAAGACCAGGACGGUAGGCAAGAGUCGUGCAUGACAUCUACGAUUUCAGAGGCCGAGGUUCGCUCUCGUCUCGAGGAUGUCCGCUCCUAUUUGUACGCGAACGGAAGAGACGGCGAGUACAGCGAAACGGUGUACCUUCUUUCGAAGACUGUGCAUUCGUUCACUCAUGAAACUCAAGUCAAGCGAAGAACGAAGGAGGGGGGUGAGGUGCAGGCGACUCUUCGGGAUGUGUGGGCGACGUAGUUUUUGGUGUUUGAGGACAACACACUUGGCAGCCCACAUUCAUUGUUUGGGAUUUUUUUGCCUUUCUCGUGGAGUUAAAUUUUGGCAUUUUUUGUUUUGUGUUUUUGCCUCGUGUUGACCUUUGGGGAAGAGCGGUGUUCUCUUUUCGGUGGGUUUGCCCGAUUUUUUGUAUGUUGUGGUCUGCGCUACCGACCGUUUCCUAGUGUCCCUCAGAUCCCUCUAAGGGGUCGACUGGGUUUGUUUGGUCCCUAUGUGGCAGGUAACUUGCGUGUAUCGUUUCAGAGCUAGUUCCAACAAACUGGUGUGUCUCAGGUGUGUUCGCGAUAAUAUCACGGGCAUGAUGUUCACCGUGAGGACAACGCCUUGACAAUAAGAAAAGCCUCCAAAAACACCAGCGCACACUGCCGUACACAUUAGCAUUACAAUAGGUCGUGCUGUACUCCUUCCCGCGUUUCGGUGGUGGAGGGAAAUUCAAAAAUGUGUACAGUAUUGGAGUACAGCAGCAGUAGUGUUGCGGCCUUCAAUUGACGUGUUGUCGCAGUUUUGAAGCAGCACAAUUUCGUGGUCGCAUUCCUGCUUCAAAUGCGCGUAUUUUGACACAUGUUACACCUCCAUUGACCCCGGGGACGGUGAGUUAGUGGCCCCGGAAUCCUAAAGACACUUCCCCGCGUUAAAGACACUCCAAAAAAAAAAAACGCGGUGUCGACUGUAUCGAAAGGAAAAAUAUCCUAAUUUUCGGCCUCGUCAGUACCACUUGGCUGACACGGUCUCCACAGGGUUUUCCCCAGGGGUGUGCACCCCGCCAGGGUCCCUGAGUGGCAGGGUACGUACAGGGUGUGGGAUCAGUACCCUGGCAGGGUACCCACCCUGCCAUUGGGUCAAGCCUGCAGCGUAGUCUUCCAGGGUGACCUGGACAGGGUGAAAUCUCCCGACCCUGGCAGGGUGGCCGAAUGGCUA